AUGGAAACCGAUAUAAAAUUUGACGAACAGGACCACCAAAAGCCAUGGACCAUCGACGACGAAGCUUAUAAAUUUGCUCCAAAGAAAGAAGGGAAUCCAUGGCAAAAAUUGCUAGAACCCGUGUUGCAGAAGGAAAAGAUACGAUGCGAAGCAUGGAAAGAUGAAGUUGGGAAUCUUCUCAUCUUUGCAGGUCUUUUCUCUGCUGUCGUGACAGCAUUCAUCAUUGAAUCUUAUAAAACGCUUCAACCUGACCCGAACUUGGAUAUUGUGACCUUGCUAACACAGAUAUCUACCAAGCUUCAUAAUCCUGGCAACGAUACUGUUCCUGUGGCUCUACCAUCACAAUUCUUCUCCCCCACUCACUCCGCCAUUCGAGUCAACGUCUUUUGGUUUUUAUCACUCAUUCUUAGUCUCACCACUGUCCUUGUAGGAAUUGUGGCCCUGCAAUGGAUUCGAGAGUACCAAGCUUACCCUGGACAAUCUGCGCGCAAUUCUUUUGCGAUACACCACAUGCGCGCCGAAGGAAUGGAUAGAUGGCAUGUCUGGGAUAUCCUUGCUGCUUUGCCUCUGAUGCUACAAACAGCCGUCGUUCUCUUUUUUGCGGGGGUGAUUGAUUUCUUGGGUGCAUUGGGCAGUCAAGCCGUCACUGUAUCUGCUACAACUGUGGUUGCAAUGACUCUUCUAUUUUUGGUUGUCACGUUUACACUUCCAGCAAUUCAGGUUGUAUACCUACGAUUUUGCCUUGUUUUCUCUGUCCCGUCUGCCAAACCUCCCUCUCAAUGUCCGUUCAAGUCUCCACAAGCGAAUAUUUUUCGGGUAGGGUUGGACACUUGUCCUCGGUUGUUUGCGUCAGUAAUGCGCUAUCCAUUACGACUCAUGCAAUACGCCGUGCGUCCAAUCCUGCAUCAUCGUCAAUACAAACGAAUCGCCAAAUUGUUUGGACAUCCUUUGGCUCAUUCGAUGGACCAAUCCAAGCUGCCUAUUCGUUUUCACUUGCUAUCCUUCAGGUUUUGGAAUAAGAAUUGGAUCGAUUUUGAUCUAAUCUGGCUCCAAGUGCGCGAUGCCUACUCUAGGUACAGCUACAUGGCUCCUGCUAUCAAAAAUGACGGAACUGAAGAUUUCACCUCUCAAAUCCCCCCAGUCUUCGAUGUCAUGUCUGCGGUACGCGACUUUGAUAUUUUCCUAGAGGAUACAGACAGAUCAUUUGAUGUAUAUCACUGCUAUACUGAUUUGUCCAAACUCAUGACAAUGUCUCAAAUUAACGACUAUGGUUAUCGUGCUAUCAACAUUCACAUUCUUUGGGGACGAAACAAACAUUUUCGUUCAUUCAUUCCAGUCACCGAUUUCUUCACGCCAGAUGAUGACUUCAUCGACUGUUUGAAACCCGAUGUCGCUGGGUGGAGCGGCGGACAAACGGAUGAAUAUACCCCAAUUUCAAAUGCUAUCAAAAUAUUGCAUGAACUGAAUAUGAACAGAUUUCUUAAUUUUCGCACUUACCCCGGAUUACAUACUCGUCAGAUUCUGCAUCACGAAGAGGUCAGACUCCGCAUACAACAUUACUUGUUUGGAAAGAAGAUAAUUAUUGGUUCUGAUAUGCAUUUCCCCGCUUUUCUUCAAUUUGGCUACCUCGGAGGUCGCAAAAACCGUCGGACCCGAGAACCAGGGGAUCUUCACACUCAACCCGAAAAUUGGAAUAACUUCAACCUCCUAGGCAUGACUUUAGCUCAGGAGAUCAACGAAAUCGCGCGAAGCGAUCAACAGAAUGUCGUUCCUGAGACUGUUGAAACCUUUUUACAAGACUUGACUUACAACCUCAAUGAAACCCUUUCUGACGAGCAACCUCGUCUUAAUGUGCUUUAUGCCAUGAUUUACGCCUCCCUACCGCUUAGGUCAAUCGGAACAGCGUUACAAGAGAGGAGCGAUGUAAAAUCUAACAUCAAUGAUCUUUACAAAAAGCUUCUUUCAAUCAUCCAACAGUACAUGAACCGACCCGCGGAUACACAUUACGAUCCCUCGCUAGCUGUUUCGGUCGACACCAUCCUUGAACGCACUGGCGACCCCUUCGAUGUAUUGGCCUUUAUAACUCAAACUUCCUGGCGAGGUCUACGUAACGGUGUACCAGCGCCCAGUAUUAGUGUACGGCGGGUCCGAGGACCAUUUAAACAUAAACACGAUGAGAUUACAUUCCAACAGACUACCAUGGACACUGGCUUCCCGGCAGGUCAAUCCCAUAUGUCUAAUCCACUUAAUUCAACAACACCAACACCACGAGAUAUAGAGGAGGCAAUUUCGUCAUCAACUAUUCCUUAA